AUGAAGAGAUAUGUAAUUAAUACUACUGCCCUCCUCCACAGCUGGACCUAUGAUCGUGACUGGGAUCCUUCAACCGUGCUUGCACCAGUGACCAGAGCGCUUUCAUCCCUUUCUUCACUUCAAACUCUGAUCCUAUCUAUCAAGGGCCAACCUCACCGCGUGGCACAUCAGCCAUUGCCAGCCCUCCACAGCUUCAAGAAUCUGCACCGAUUCGCUGUGGCCUGCUGUGAUGAUCUACCCCGACUAUACUGCGAGCGGGAGAUCACACCGGUGAUCGAGGCAUCGCCAGCACUGACCGAAUUCUCCGUACAGAACUUGCGUGCCCCAACUUUCAACCGGAUUGUGAGGGAGUGUGUCUCCUUACAGCGUUUCUUCAACACAGCCAAGCCUGGCCUGCAGACACUAGAGUUAGAGCUUGUCCCUCUUCCUAGCCCUGGACUAAGAGACACCCUGCCCUCUACGCUGCGGCAGCUGAGCGUCUCAACCCCUCCAGGCUCCCGUGGCGUGGAUUUCGACUGGAAAGCACUAUGGUCUAGCCUGCGGGAAACCCGCACGGAGCUAUCCGCGCUCAGAGUGUCUGGUUCGGAACGAGCAAUGGACGACAUGUUCCAGUACCUGCUCACCUACACCGGACUGCAUAAGCUGGAAAUCAUCGGCCUGCAGAUGGACCAGCAACAGGAGGAAGACGAACUGGAGGAAACGUUUUGGGGGAAAAUUGUCCCCCACGUCCGGGGUACCCUCGCCACCCUGGCUUUUACGUCGAUCUACGAGGGUAAUUGGUGCUAUGGGCCCUCUGCUGCCGCUGCAUUAUCGCAGUGCGCGUCUAUUAAAGACUUGACUGUCUCAGUAAGCAUGGUCAGUACGUCCUGGGCAGAUGCAUUACUCUCCCAGGCUCGCAACGACAGGAGAGUCGAGUUUUCUCGCCUCGCCGAGCCCUGUGGCUCACCCGUGAACUGUGGAGCUCUUGUGCUCUGCAGCUUGGAAAUACCUCUUGAAAAACUGGUGCUGAAACCGACACGGGUGGCCGCCGCUCGUGCCGCUGAUAUCCACCACCUGAACAGCCGCACUCGGCCAAAGGAUAGUCCUCAUCUGCGCCGUGCACUGCAACAGCGGCAGCAGACGGUAAACGGCAUUGAAGACGUGUUGCUCGGAAUGCGGGCCCCGACAGAGUGUGCAAUGAACUGGCCGUUGACCGUGGUGGUGCACUCGUUACCUCGGCUUUGUCGCCGUCAGGAUGCGAAUCGCGUUGUGUAUUACGAACGGGGGGAGUGA